CCGAUAUCGAGAAUCUGCAUAUGAGAAAACUGGUCACUACAUUGAUACCAGCAAUGCACCAGUUUGAUAUCAGGCGAGUACUUAAGUCCAAUAGUUUUCUCAACAGCACGCACUUUUCUCGUAUUCCUCGAAACUGUUACAAACAGAUACAAUGAAAUUAUUUGAAGUGAUUUUUGCUUUCGCUGUUCUUUCCGGCAUUUAUUGUUCCGAUAAUUUGGACGAUAGGUCUGUCAGCGAGGUCGGUGAGAAUGUAGAUUAUCAAAACUAUCAAGAUCUUGAUAUGUUUUCUUCCGUGGAAUGCGAGGAGCACGAGGAGUAUAGCGAGUGUUCUGGGGAUCGGGCGUGCCAGAAAACAUGUGAAAAUAUGGAUCAAUGGGAAACGAUGAGUUGCGCUAGAACGAAGGUCUGCAUUCGCGGUUGCGUCUGCGAGGACGGCUAUGUGCGGGAUGAUAACAGCGGCGUCUGCGUCAGAGAAAACAGCUGUGCGAGAGUGAGACAUUAAUUUUGCGUAAAGUAAAACACUUAAAGAAUAAGAAUCCAGAUGAUUACUUUGAUGAUUAUGAAUAAACGCACGUUGAAAAGAACCGUGUGAUAAAUAUGUAACAAGCGUAUUUAUCAAGCUUCAUUAAUAUACACAUAUAGAUGCUUUUAAAAAUCACACUUUUAUAUGAUAUGCGUAAUUAAUUGCAAAUGAUUCAACGCAAAUGCAUCUUGUGUCAACGUCUCGAAAUAAAAAGGAUUACCCCGAAAAGAAUGCCACGAUAUAGUUUAAAUUGGAUAAAUUAUGCAUUCCACAAACGUGUUUGCGUACAUCGACGUUCGUGCACCUGCGUAUACAUGCAUUCCGUACGAUAAACGCGUCUCGCCGUUUAGUAUUCGCUUACUCAGAACUGCGGGACUUGACGUAAAAGGAACAUACAAGUACUUUAUCGUACCGCGAGCCAUUUGAAUUCCAUUUCAAAUUCACUGAAGCCUGAAGAGCCGCUCGUAGACUUUCAAGCGGUUAUUUCUACUAAUCAAGAGACAUCGCGCGAGAAACCUAAUACGCCGCAUGUCUUUUAUGAAUAAUUUUAAGAAUCGGC